GGCAAACGUUCAGGGCAACACCACCCGCCCUCAGGAUAAUGGGGGCAGUCUACUGGCAACUACCUUACGAGCCACCCAUCACCACGCCGGGGUGGUUAAACUUGGUUUUUCCUUCAGGCAAGACCAUCGCGUGCUGUACCACGGCACAGGGCACAGCGACGCAUUUCACACACUCUGUGCGUUUGUGGACAUACAGCGCAUGCACGCACGGCUUGGGCUUUGUGCACGGGACGAAACGUAUUGUUCCGCUGUAGACCAGGCUGAGGACGAGGACGAGAAAGAGGAAAACUGGGAUUGUGGUUUCAACAAAAACCAGGUUUGUGAUGAAAAACUUCCAGGAUCUGGAAUCGGAGUUGCAGAAUCACGUGCAGAGAUGACGUACUUGCCUCUGAGCGCGAGAUUGGAUGAGAAAAUCGGGUCGAAGAUAUUGGGACCGAAAAUAGACAAGAAGAUUAGAGGGAAACUAUUAGGAUUACAAGCCGUGACGCGAGAUGUGCUGGGAUGUCAUCUUUCCAAAGCACAACAGUGCAGUGAGUG